UCUUACAUUUCACAUUACCCAAACACCAAUCUUCCCUUUCCAAAUAAAUCCUCUCUCUGUCUCUCUCGAAAUGGCGACAACCGCCGUUCUCCGAUCUCAAGAUUGCCUCCUCCGCCCCAAUAGCUUCCACUCCGAACGCCUCUCCGCCCCUCCCUUCAAACCCCGCCCCAAUUCGAUCCGCCCUCGCCGCCGUAAGCGAAGCCCCGUGGGGUCUCCGGAUCGAACCCGACUCCGAGAUCAGGCGGUGGUUGCGAAUUUUCCCUCCAAGAAUCUCGUCAUGGGCCAGGUCAAGAUCCUCAAGCGCGGCGAGGAAUUGACCCCCGCGGCGGCGAAGAAGAACGGUCUCGUGUUCGGCGACGAGGAUUUGGUCCUCUGCUCCACCGAUCGGUUGGGUCCUGAUCCCGAAACCGUUCAGAAGCAGAUUAAAGUUUCCGAUUUGAAGGUUGUUGACGGAAUCUACGCCGGAUCGGCGGUUUUUUUGGCCUCGCCGCCGCCGAGUUCGGUUCCAUUUCCGGCUUUCUUUUCGAAGAAGGAGAAAAACGAUGCUGCGACGAGUGAUCUACGUCGAUUGCUGGGCCUUGAUUUGCCCUAAUUUUGGAUGCAAAUUGUUAUGGAAAUGUUGGAUCUGAAGGAGGGAGUUGAGUUGAUGAUGGUUUGCUUUAUUACUCAAGGUCUCUUCCUUUAUCUUUUCAAGAGGAAGGUUGAGUACGAAGCAAAUGAUGCCAUGGAAGUGAAGCUUAAUGUUCGGUAUAUCUUUCCUUUUUCUGUUGAGCGACAAAGAAUAAAUAUCAACUGUUGCUUGGAAAUCUAGUAGAUUUAACUAUCGAAGAAGAAGAUUAGGUUUCUGAUAGUCUUAUAUUUUCAAUGUAUAUUCGUGUAGUCUGAUAGUCUUGAUACGAUCAACGUGUGAUCGAUCAGAAACGGGGUGUGUGUGUGUGGUUAUUGGGUAUUCCUUUCAGUGUCAGUCUUUGUUUGUAGCAUUUGGUAUUUCAUAUUUCCUUGUACUACGAUGUUGCCUUCAUGUUUAGUUUAGGUGAUUUCGUAUAAAUCGAUGUAGCUAGCUAUGAAUUUUAUAUUUGAAUAAAAAUUUCAGCUUGAGACAUUUACCAGAAAAA